CCUUUGUUCAUGUUCAAAGUGUUAAACAAACAGCGUCUACGUCAAACUGCUCCACUUCCUGGACUGUGUCAAAGCCUGAUAACUCCUCCCUCUUCUUCCUGAAACACUGUGAAUGUAUUUCCUUGUUCCCUCCCCUUUAGAUCUGCAGUUUGAAGAUGGGUAUAACAAACAUGUUGUAACGUUUCAGAGCCGACAGGCUCCAUUCACUACAGAAAAGUAUGUUAUGACAUCAGAGGUCAGAAUGCUUUCGUUUCUGCCAAAGAGAAACUGAGAGGAGAAAUGGCACAGAAAGGAGUUCAGCUGGACCGAGAAACUAUUUCUUGUUCCAUCUGUUUGGAUCUACUGAAGGAUCCGGUGACUAUUCCCUGUGGACACAGCUACUGCAUGAACUGUAUUAAAAGUUUCUGGGAUGAAGAGGACAGGAAGGGAAUCCACAGCUGCCCUCAGUGCAGGAAGACUUUCACACCGAGGCCUGUCCUGGAGAAAAACAUCAUGUUAGCAGCUUUAGUGGAGCAGCUGAAGAAGACUGGACUCCAAGCUGCUCCAGCUGAUCACUGCUAUGCUGGACCUGAAGAUGUGGCCUGUGAUGUCUGCACUGGGAGGAAGCUGAAAGCCAUCAAGUCCUGUCUGGUGUGUGUGAUCUCUUACUGUGAGAAACACAUUCAGCUUCAUUUUGAGUCUCCUGCCUUUGCAAAACACAAGCUGGUGGCCCCCUCCAAGAAGCUCCAGGAGAACAUCUGCUCUUGUCAUGAUGAGGUGAUGAAGAUUUUCUGUCGUACUGAUCAGCAGAGUAUCUGUUAUCUCUGCACAGUGGAUGAACAUAAAGGCCAUGAAACAGUCCCAGCUGCAGCAGAAAGGACUGAGAAGCAGAAGGAGCUCGAGGUGAGACGACUAAACAUCCAGCAGAGAAUCCAGGAGCGAGAGAAAGAUGUGAAGCUGCUUCAACAGGAGGUGGAGGCCAUCAAUGGCUCUGCUGAUAAAGCAGUGGAGGACAGUGAGAAGAUGUUCACUGAGCUGAUCCGUCUCAUCCAGAAAAGAAGCUCUGAUGUGAAGCAGCAGGUCAGAUCCCAGCAGGAAACUGAAGUGAGUCGAGUCAAAGAGCUUCAGGAGAAGCUGGAGCAGGAGAUCGCUGAGCUGAAGAGGAAAGACGGCGAGCUGGAGCAGCUCUCACACACAGAGGAUCACAACCAGUUUCUACACAACUACCCCUCACUGUCAGCACUCAGUGAGUCUACACACUCAUCCAGCAUCAAUAUUCGUCCUCUGAGCUACUUUGAGGAUGUGACAGCAGCUGUGUCAGAGACCAGAGAUAAACUACAGGACAUUCUGAGAGAGGAAUGGACAAACAUCUCACUGACAGUCACUGAAGAGGAUGUUUUACUGUCACCACCAGAGCCAAAGACCAGAGCUGGAUUCUUAAAAUAUUCACAUGAAAUCACACUGGAUCCAAACACAGCAAACACACGUCUGUUAUUAUCUGAGGGGAACAGAAAAGCAACAUUUAUGAAACAACAACAGUCUUAUUCUGAUCAUCCAGACAGAUUCACUGGAUGGUGUUAUCAGGUCCUGAGUAGAGAGAGUCUGACUGGACGUUGUUACUGGGAGGUGGAGUGGAGAGGGGGAGCAGUUUUAGUAGCAGUCACAUACAAGAAUAUCAGCAGAGCAGGGUGGUCAGAUGAAUGUGUAUUUGGAUGGAAUGACAAAUCUUGGACAUUACAUUGUGACACAAACAGUUACUUAUUUUGGCACAACAAAGUCCAAACUGUCCUCUCAGGUCCUCUGUCCUCCAGAGUAGGAGUGUACCUGGAUCACAGAGCAGGUAUUCUGUCUUUCUACAGCGUCUCUGAAACCAUGACUCUCCUCCACAGAGUCCAGACCACAUUCACUCAGCCGCUCUAUGCUGGACUUUAUCUUUCUGGAGAUGGAGUCACUGCAGAGUUGAUUAAAGUCAAAUAGAAAUUUUGGCUUCCAGUUUUUUGUUCUUCUCUAUCUUUGCUGUUGAGAGCUCACUGUUGUGCUGUUUCUUCUCUGCACAGAGAUCACUUUAUGGCUGCGAGUUUGACAUCUUCUGAUUGAUUGUCUGUAGUUACCUGUAAAUUUACCUGAAAUUGUAUUCAAAUCAAUGCAACACUU